AUGACGGACAAGCUCGCCGCUCGCAACUCAACCAGCAGACAGUGGCCGACUAACCACGAAUCGCGAAAUCUAGGCUUCGGCACCACCUUCGGUUACCUCUGGUGGUACGGCUACCACUUGCCCCGUGUCCGUGAGCGUGAUCUGUUCUACGCCCGUCUCGAGCAGGAGCGCGCUGCUCAGCGCAGCUAA